CGGUGUCGGUGCCACUUUGGGGGGGUCGGUGCCACCCCACAAGCUCAGUGCCACCCCACGGUGUCGGUGCCACUUUGGCGGUGUCGGUGCCACUUUGGGGGGGUCGGUGCCACCCCACGGUGUCGGUGCCACUCUGGGGGGGUCCCGGCGCUGUCCGUGGUGCUGCCCCGUGCCGCCGCCUCCCGCCGGCAGAGGGCGCCCUUCGGGGGGGUGCCGGGGGGGCUCCGGGGGUCCCCGCGGUCCCCACGCAGUGACCUCGCCCCGCCGCUCCCGCCCCGCCGGCCCCGGCACCCGCAGGCUGGCACUUGGCUCGCUGCCAUCGCCCGGCUCCGGGGGUAAGGCUGCUGGCCCGGCGUCCCGCAGAGGGGCUGUGGGGGAGCUCUCCCCUCCCCAGGAAGCGCCAUGGGCCCCCCUGGACGCCCUCACAGCACCUAGACGCGUCUCCAGCCAGCAGCGCCUCCCAACCCCGAGCAGGAUGGCCCAGCAGCGCCAUGCCAUCCCCCCGCCACUCAAGACGGAGGAGGAUUACAUCCCCUACCCCAGCGUGCACGAGGUGCUGGGCCGGGAGGGGCCGUUCCCCCUCAUCCUCCUGCCGCAGUUCGGGGGUUACUGGAUUGAGGGCACCAACCACCAGCUGAGCGGGGCCCCUGACUCGCCCCCCACCCCGGUACCCUGCACCCGGGCAAAGCUGGAGGGCAACCACACGGCCAAGAUCUACCGCAAGCACUUCCUGGGCAAGGAGCACUUCAACUACUACUCCCUGGACCCGGCGCUGGGCCACCUGGUGUUCUCGCUCAAGUACGACGAGCAGGAGCACCUGCACCUGCUGCUGCGCACCCGUGCCCGCACCCUGCACGACGUGGUGCCCAUCUCCUGCCUGGCCGAGUUCCCCAACGUGGUGCAGAUGGCCAAGCUGGUGUGCGAGGACGUCAACGUGGAUCGCUUCUACCCCGUGCUCUAUCCCAAGGCAUCCCGCCUCAUCCUCGCCUUUGACGAGCACGUGCUCAGCAACCACUUCAAAUUUGGGGUCAUCUACCAAAAACUGGGGCAGACCUCCGAGGAGGAGCUUUUCGGCACCACGGAGGAGAGCCCCGCCUUCGCCGAGUUCCUCGAGGUCCUGGGCCAGCGGGUGCAGCUGCGGGACUUCAAGGGGUUCCGAGGGGGGCUGGACGUGACCCACGGGCAGACAGGCAGCGAGUCGGUCUAUUGCCACUUCCGUGACAAGGAGAUCAUGUUCCACGUCUCCACCAAACUGCCCUACACCGAGGGGGAUGCCCAGCAGCUGCAGCGGAAGCGUCACAUCGGCAACGACAUCGUGGCCAUCGUCUUCCAGGACGAGAACACGCCGUUCGUGCCCGACAUGAUCGCCUCCAACUUCCUCCACGCCUUCGUGGUGGUGCAGCUGGAGCAGGGGGGCACCCAGGGCACCCUCUACAAGGUCUCGGUCACCGCCCGUGACGACGUGCCCUUCUUCGGCCCGCCGCUGCCCGACCCCGCCGUCUUCAGGAAGGGCCCCGAGUUCCAGGAGUUCCUGCUGACCAAGCUCAUCAACGCCGAGUACGCGUGCUACCGCGCCGAGAAGUUCGCCAAGCUGGAGGAGCGGACGCGGGCGGCGCUGCUGGAGACGCUGCACGAGGAGCUGCAGGCGCGCAGCCAGGCCAUGCUGGGGCUCGGCCCCGACGACGAGCGCCCCGACAACGGCGGCGCCGCCCCGGGCUUCUUCGAGUCCUUCAAGUCGCUGCUGGUGCCCGGGAGCCGCCGGGGACGCCGCGGCAGCGCCAUCGGGCUGGGCUCGGUGGAAGAGGCGCUGCUGGUGCCCGGGAAGAGCCCGUCGCGGCGGCGGCCCGGCCCCCUCGGCUCCCGCCGCUCCAGCGCCAUCGGCAUCGAGAGCAUCCAGGAGGCGCCGGCCGGCAGGGACGGCCCCGCAGCCGCCGACGGCUCCAGCUCCACACACAGCUCCCCCGAGAGCCGCCGGAACCCCGACAGGGCCGAGAAGCCGGAGCCGCCGGAUUUCUCCCGCUCCUCCUCCAGCGCCAGCAGCUUCGGCAGCGCCGCGGAGGAGCCCGGCGAGCCGGGACGGGAGAGCCGCUCGCCCUCGGGGAGCCACCGCGACGCCUUCAGUGACACCCCCUGGCCGGAUGACCCCCCCGGGACCCCCCCAGGCCGCCGCCCGCCUGACCCCCCCUGCCCCGAGAUCAAAAUCCAGCUGGAGCAGCCCCCCCAUAACCCGGGCUCAUAGUCACCCCCCCACCUGCGGGGGUGUCACUGCUUCACCCCCCUCUGUGUGCCACCCCCGUGCCAGGAGCUGAAGCCAUCGUCCCCGGUGCAGGAUUUGGGGGGACCGCCCAAAAAAAUUGGGAUGUGCCCCCCCUCCAGACAAUCUCUGUCACCCCAAAAACCCUUUGGGUGAGGGGGUGAUGCACCACAAAGGGGCCUCCCCUCUGCCGUGACCCCAAAAUGAAGAGUGGGUCCAACCCCAGCAUCAUCCCCUCCCCCCCAAAAAAGAGAGGGGACUCAAAUCCAGGGUAACCCCAAAGUGGAGCUCCCUCUCCCCCCUUUAUUUUAAGGGACAAAAGUUCCGGAAUGUGCUGGAGGCUGGAACUGGGGGGAGGGGGAGGAAUAUUUUUUCACACCCUCCCAAACGGUGUUUGUGUUUCCUGUGAGUCCUGUAUAAAAUAAAGGUUUAUUUAUCGCUA